GUUAAAUUUAAACCCUGUGUGACUUCACACCGUAAUUUCGUUUGUUAUGUUGCUUCGUUGGUCGUUCGUCCAGUAUUAUAAUGGCGGUCGGUUGAGAUAGACGGUUUAAGGGUAAUCAAGAACAUUUUUGUGGGUUGAGAUUCUGUUUAUACAAGAUGAUUUCGUCGGCAUUGAAUUGGUUCUUCAAGAAAGACAGAGUAGAGGAUUCAGUUUUGAAACGUUUGAAUAAAACGAAUAUAAAUGAAGCUUUUGCUAACUCUAGCGAUGAAGAGCAUACUGAGGAGCCGCCAAAACCUUCACUUGAAAAGAAAGCCCAUUGUGUGGAAAGAAAAGGGGUAAUUACUAAACUUACUACGAACUCUGGUCUAAUUGACGAUAAAUUUCCUUUUGGUAUUGACCAGAACACGGUCCCAAACCUGAAGGUUGGGCAUAAUGUGCAGUAUCUUGGUUAUGUACAAGAGAAUGGUGAAAUAAGUAUUCGGAAAAUUAUUUCAAUUCAAAAUGAAUCGUGGGAUAAAAAUGACACUCAAGUUUUAGAACAGAAUAAUACUGCUGAAGAUAAAGCAGUUUAUGAUGUUCAUAUGCGUAGUAUAUGCACUAAGGUAAUGGCAAAGAUCGGCCGAUCAAUUGUUUUGGAAAAUAUACCAAUAACAUGUGACUUGGAUAAAGUAAAGACAACAUUUGUUCCUGAAACUGGUGACAUAGUGAAUGUAGAGGCUGUUUAUCAAACAGAUGCUACAGAGUUUACUUUGGCUGGAGAGAUAUUGGAUGUUGUAAAAAUAGAACCUCAACUAAAGGAUCAUCGUGAAGGAGAGAUUUCAGCUUAUGAUAUUGACAACAAUCGUGGUGUUGUCGACAAGGACAUUUUAUUUUAUAGAGAUGCUUGCGAAAUCGGAUACAACCCUGUGAAGGGCGAUCGAGUUAUGACUGAGUUUAUAGAAAGUGAACAAGUUCUUUCCUUUCGCGCUUUGAAAGUGAUUCCACUUACUUUGAAAGCGAGUAAUCUCACUCAUGAAAAUAAAAUCGAAGCUCUAAUUAAGCAUUUGCUUACUCCCAAGAAUGGCAUAAGUGUAAAACCUCUAAAAUUUGUUGCAAAACAAAUUGGAGAUAUAGAUCAAUCCUUUGUGGAAAUAACAAAUAAUGGAUCUUAUAAACAACAAAUUGUUGAUGCUCAUUUUAGAAAAUCAGUUGAUUCACAGUUAGAAUUAGUAAACUUAAAGCUGCCGCGUGACUUAAAUUGUGGUCAAACACUUAAGUUUAAACUUACAUGUACAGCUAAACACAGUGGUUAUUCUAAAGAACUAUUAAUAUUCUCAUUCAGAAACUUCAAAAUUGCUAAGUAUAUUGAUAUCGAUGUAGAUAUUGAUACAGAAAUAACCAAAGGAUCCAGUAAAAAAAAUUCAAUGAGUACCAUGUACCAAAAUGCAGCCAAAUUGAGAUCAUCUAUGAUUAAUUUCAAAACAGUUAUUCCUGGAGAGCAACUGAUUAAAAAUCCUUCAUUUGUACAUAAAGCUUUAGGUAUGUAUUAUAUACCUGACAGAUUAUACAAGGGAGUAACUGGAAAAGGCAAGCAAUCUUUUGAUUCUAUAUCUCAAGUAAUAGUCGAUAUGGAACCUAUUUUAAAAUUCGAUGUAAGUUUUGAAACCUACCUUCCAAGAUUUCGAGUUUUACUAUAUCUAGAAGAUAUCGAUUCUCAACUGGCUAUUAGCCAAUAUAAUAUGCCAAGAGCCCAUUUCACACAUUGUCAAGGAUAUUUGGCAUUAGAAAUUCCUAAUCUGUCGGAAAGAAGACCUUCCUUGAUGAGUGGAGAUUCAUUAUUAGCAAUUGAUAUUGAGGACCCACAAGCAGUUAAAUAUCAAGGUUUUAUACAUAAAGUUCAAGCAAAUAGUAUUUGGCUCAAGUUUAAUCCACAAUUUCAUGACAAAUAUAAUGGUAAAGAUUAUAUUUUGGAGUUUCAUACAACUCGUACAAGCAUACGCAGGUGUCAGCAAGCAAUUGAAAUGGCUGUUGAAAAUUUGGGAAGAAAAAUACUAUUUGCUGCCCAGUGCAAUUUAAGAUUGCCACAAUUAGAUAUCAAUUUAGAUGAAAAUGAAGAUUUGGUUCUAGAAGAAAAGAAAAAAGAGAUUAUAAAUACUAUAUUGCAUGAAAGACCUUUAUGUUCCAUUGAAAAUACGAAUGAUUUUAAAUCAGUUGUUAAGAGCGAAAGUGUAGUGACUAAGCAUAUUGAAUGGAUAAAUAAAGAUAUGAACAAGUUGCAAAAGCAAACUGUUAAAAAUAUUCUUCGAGGCGAUGCAAGACCAUUACCAUAUAUUAUAUUUGGUCCUCCAGGCACAGGAAAGACCAUCACUGUUGUAGAAACUGUCAUGCAGAUUCUUAAAUUAAUUCCUAACAGCAGAAUUUUAUUAGCUACACCUUCUAAUAGUUCGUCAAACUUGCUGACACAAAGGCUGAUUGGUUUAGGUUUAAAACCUGGUGAAAUGGUUCGUGUUUUAGCCCAUCAUUUAAUUGAAAGUGGCAUGGUGCCUGAUGAUAUUCAACCUUAUUGCUCAACAGUUGAUUUAGCAAGGGAAGGAACAAGAGAAUCUAGGUUUAAAACAAUGGAUACUGGCCUCAGAUUGCAUAGCACAAGGUCGCAGCUGGCACGUUAUAGGCUUAUAAUAAGUACUUGCAUGACAUUAGGGCAGCUUCAUACAAUGGGCCUUAAACGUGGACAUUUCACACAUGUUAUUGUAGAUGAGGCUGGACAAGCCACUGAACCUGAAAUUAUGGUUCCGAUGACUCAUACUCAUGUUGAAAAGGGUCAAAUUAUUUUAGCAGGAGACCCAAUGCAAUUAGGACCUAUUGUAGGCAGCAAGUUUGCUGCUCAUUUUGGUUUAGAGGAAUCAUAUUUGAGCAGAUUAAUGUUGCGGGUUCCCUAUCAAAAAGAUGCUGAAGGUUUUAAAGAUACUGGAGGUUAUAAUCCGCACUUAGUUACAAAACUAGUCAAUAAUUACAGAUCUUUGCCAGAAAUUUUAAAAUUACCUAGUGAUAUGUUUUAUGAUUCUGAUUUAGAAGCUCAGAAAGUACUGAAGGGCAGCAAUGAUGAAAAACUCCUUAAUUUAGUUGCUGACAUGCUUCCAAAAAGAGAUGCUGAAAGGGGGCCUCCGCCCAUAGUUUUCCAUGGAAUACAGGGAAAAAAUGUCCAGUCAGAUGACAGUCCAUCAUGGUAUAAUAAGGCAGAAGCAGGCCAGAUUCUAGAUUUUAUGUCCAAAUUAUAUGCCAAGGGUAUUAAAACAGAUGAUAUUGGAAUCAUUACUCCUUAUCAAAAGCAAGUACAAGUCAUUCGUGGCACCCUUGAAGAAUUGCAUAUUCCUGUUCCCAAAAUUGGUAGUGUCGAGGAAUUCCAAGGCCAAGAAAGAUCAAUAAUACUCAUUUCUACCGUGAGAUCAAGUAAAUCCAAAGUAGUUCAAGAUCUGCAACAUACUUUAGGAUUUGUUAGGAAUCCCAAGAGAUUGAAUGUUGCAAUAACUAGAGCUAAAACAUUGCUUGUAAUUUUUGGAAAUCCAUCUUUAUUGUCAUUGGAUAAUAAUUGGAACCGUCUAAUAACAUAUUGCAUAUCGAUUGGUGGGUACACUGGCUGUGAUUUGCCUAGCACCUUUUGGAAUGAAGAUGAAUUACGUUAAAA